AUGCCAUCUGGCAGGUCCCGUCCCCUCGGAUUACACGACCAUUGGCUUGUUAGAUGUCCCAAAUUGCAGACUGUCACCAGCAGAGCAGUAAAAAUGGCCCAAGCUGCCAAUCAAGCACUCAGCCUUUGUUUUCUUGUUCAUUCAAUUGCUGACCAUCGAAGCGGUCAAGAGUUGAGAAACUGCUUUUUUUCCGUUUUCAGGUUUUUUUUCUCUUUUCCCAUGAUGUUUGAGAAUCUGAAUAAUUCACUUUGUGAAGUCUUUUUAAUCUAUUUUUUCUCUUUCUCCAUCUAUUGAUGUUUGGCUCGAAGCUUGAACAUUUUUCAGACUUUUUAAAAGCUAGGCUUUUCAUCACUGUUUCUAGCUCCCUUUAUUUUAAGUGAAAAUUGAGAAAAGGUUUUCAGAUAUCUUGCGAUCAAAAAGCUCCAAAAAGCGAUCAAAAAGCUCAAAAAGCACUUCUCCCAACUUUUUAUUCCUCUUCUUCCAAAUUCGUUUUCAUCCUUCUCCAGAUUUUUUUAUGUUUUUGUUGCCUGAUUUGUCCGCCGCAGAGCUUCAAUACCCGUAAACCCUCUUUCCAAGCCAUAAAAGACUUCGGAACGAGUCCCCAAUGACAUUGCGCCAUGUUGGGGGUCAGCUGCGAAAGAGUUGGAGCCAAUGAGAUGAUCGUAAUCGUCUGAGCUUGAGUUGAAGCGUAGAUCUUCUUUUUUUGAGCUGAACGGAAUUGGUUGAGUCUUUUCUGUUAAGUGAAAAUUUUUUAGUAUUUCUCAUUAUUCACUAUCUGUUCAAAUUCCUAUAAUAGCGUUAAAAAAAAGUUUUCUGAAAAGUUCGAGAAAAAUUUCUAUUAAGAUGGUGGGGGCACAAAAAUGCUCAAAUUACCUGAAUUCAAAUUUCAAAAAUUUAGAAAAGUAUUUCAUAAGAAAAAACAUUUUUUAUUGCCAUUACUCCGUAUUUCACUAACGCGUUAUUUUUCUAAUAAUUCUGAUUGAAUAAUGCAUUUUUUUCACAGCUCAAAUUGUUUCUCACGGAAACCUCAAGGACAUAUCAAGCCGCAAAGCACGCAGAAGCUUCCUGAGUCUUUUGAAAAGCCGACGCCCCUUGCAAGAUUGACCCUUAACGGCAUUUUAAUUAUUGCGAACCGCGUCGACUUCGUCUUGUGUGCGUUCGCCGCCUCAUAUUACCUGAUUGCUCAUUGUUUAUUCAAUGAGUCGUGCUGGUCAAAACUGCAAGAAUUUUCAGGCUCCUGGUUCCUAUGGCUCCUGUAAAAUGAAAAUCUUGACCAUCUUCUUGGUUUCUGUUGUUCUAACGACUGUGAAUGGCUGUCCUGAUGGGUGCACCUGCCAGCGUAAGUUGAUUUUUUCCUACCUGGAAAGUCAAUGUGAUGUAUUAUGUAGAGGAGGUCGAACUUUGAUGUCUGCGUGAUGGACUCAAAAAUCAAAUUAAAAUGCUAAUUGUUCUUUAUUUCAGACAACAGUUUAUCCUGUCACUGGCUCAGCAAGCAGAACUACGCAGACCUUCUGAAAGAUCUCACACAUUCUUCCAUAGAUUCUCUGCAUGUUGUUUCAACGGCUGAUUUUUCUAUCGAAGAUCUACCAACCUUAGCCAGCUUGAGGUAAAAUUUUCAAUAUGCUUUCAAAAGUUGGAUUUUCAGUCAACUAACUAUUGAAAACUGUUCAACACCAGAUCCCUGGCUGGUUCAAAGGAACCGCUUUCCAAAUGUCAGAAAACUCAGAAUUAUUCAUUCCAACAUCACGGUAAGAGUAACUCUUUGAAAAAACAGAAGCCAAGUUUCAGUCCAUUGCGAGAAGUUUGGUUCUCGCCUUCCCAAUGCUGGAAGAGCUUGACCUUGGGUACAAUCAAAUCUUCUCGCUGGGAUCCGAUUCCAUACAUCUUCCUCGCGUCAAAAAAUUAUCUCUCAAUAAUAACAGAAUAGAAGUGAACUAACAGGAAAAUCGUGUCCGAAAAUCGAUAUUUGAAGGUGCUAGGGGUGCACAUCCUACGUUACAUGCCACAGCUCCUCGAACUUGACCUGAGCUCCAAUAUGCUCACAAAGCUGGUGGUAAUUUCAAUUUUUCAUAAGCUCGAUGAUUGCGAAUUAAUAGACGAGCGACUUUUCCUCGGCUUCAACUUUGCGGAUCCUCCGCAUCAACCGCAAUCAGAUAAAGACAAUCGAAUGUGAUACGAGUACUCAGAUGCCGGCGGUUUUUAAAUUUUGUUUUUGAAGAUUAAGGUUAAAAUGCAGAUUGAAAGUUUGGACCUCAGUUUCAACGAGUUGUCGGAAAUGCCUGGAGAUGGCUUGAGAGACAUGGAACAAAUUGUCAGGCUCAACUUGAGCUUCAACCCAAUCAACGCCAUACCUCAUGCGGCGCUACGUCUGCCAAACUUGCAGGUAAAUUUCUUUCCGAUGUUUUUAGAAGAUUUUUUAAAUUGUAAAACACCCUCAGAAUUACAUAAAUGUUUUUUUCUCAGGUCCUCGACCUGAGCAACACUUUGGCUCGAGUCGUAGAAGCUGGGGCUUUUUCUUACCUGCCACACCUGCACACCCUCCACUUGCAGAACAACAAGUUGCUCCUGGCUAUUUCAGCUCUCGCCUUUCAAAAUAAUAGCAUUGUUUUCAGGUUUUCUAUUUUUAGACGCCUAGGUAUAGGGAAAACAUUGGAAAAUCGUGCUUGUACGAGAAAAGUUGCGAUUUGAAUGCUUCAAAAAAGGGGAGUAAGCGAUUCUUAACGCGACCUUCUCUUUUUUUGUGAUUCUUAACGCGACCCUCUCUUUAAAGCAUCGAUUAUUUUGAUUCAGUAUGGACAUCUCCAACACUGCCCUACGGAUCAUUCCUGCAGCGAUGUUCAACUACGUAUCAAGAGUUGAUAGUAAAGUUCUGAAAAAAAGAAAUUAGUAAAAAAAUUCAGAUAAAAAAAUUGGCGGAACUCGAUUUGAUUGUGGGUGCAUUCUGGAAAGCUUGGAGGACAUGGGGACUACGACGAUGGUGGACUGGGACAGUGCUAUUUGUGUGACGCGGAAGGGAGCUAUUCAGAAGUUGGUUCAUUUUCAUAGUUUAGUGGCAGUUUGUGUGGAAAAAUGAAUUUUCUUUCCAUAAAUUUGGAACAAAAAAGUUUACUUUGAAGAAUUUCUGAGCUGACAAGGUCUUCACUGACACCAGAAGACACAUGUCGCCCUGACCUCUUCAUUCCGCAAAACAGCAUCCAAACAGCCUAUGUUGGAGACACUUAUCACAUUCACUGUCUGAGUGAGUGAAUUCUCUCUUACCAUUCCGAAAAUAUAUCCAGGUAACUUGGAUGACGUCGAAAUGUCUUGGAAAACGCCGAAAAAUCUUACCCUACACUCCUUCCCUCCACAGGUCUUACAAAUGAAUAAAUGUUGUUAUGAGAAAUUCUUUAGCUGGCCAGCCCCCUUCCUCGGCUCGAUUAUUUCACAAGUUCUUUGUUUGAGCCUGCUUCUGUUGAGAAAGUUAUUAACCGAACGAAAGCGACCACAGAGUAUUUUGGGUGGGUUGAAGCUUUUUAUUGAUAUGUGAUUAACAAAGUUGUUUCAGUAUUGAUGUCGUUUUGGGCUUUGAUAAUGGGACGUAUGAAUGUACCUCACGAAAAGAUGGAAUGAGUGCCAGCAAGAGAAUUCAUCUGAUCGUCAAAAAGCCGGACAUUGUUCUGAAUGCCACACAUGUCAGUUAUAAUCAACUUAAUGCUGUUUCAGAUAUAACAAUUUUAUGAGAAAUAUAAGAAGGGGUAUACAUUUUCAUGUUCAAUUUCCUGAAACUAUCGUCAAGCAGAAAGCAAUCUUUUUCAGGUUGGCGUGACCAGUGUUCAUUUGGCAUGGAACAAAAACCUACACGUCCAGGCCGUUGACAAGUUGGAUAAAUAUACGAUUAUCUAGAAAAAAAAAGAUUUAGGGUGGCCCUACAAGUUGUAACCUACAGCGGAAGCGACUUCAAGCGCGAAGUUCAACUGUCACUGUUUAACAUGUACUGCAGCUACAAUUUGAUAAAUUUAUCUCCUGAUAAGGUAAAUAUUAGAACAUCUUUUUCAAUUUUAAAACGGCUUUUUUUAUCUGGUGCGACUUUUGAGUUUUAUUAAGCGACCGAACAUAUUUGGCCAUUUUUUCAAAGGAAAAAGUUUUUACAAGUUCAGGAGUACAAGAUCUGCCUCGAAAUGGGUUCUCUCGCAUGA